CGAUCCGAGCUUCAUUCUACCAACAUCAGCGAGCCCGCGUGUGCGGACGCUGCGCUCGCGACCCGGUCAACACGUGAAAAAAAAACCGUCGUUCCAAUUUCAAAAGUGUUCAAAAACUUUUCGUGUUUCGUUGUGCGUAUGUUUGUGUGAUUUGUUUAUUGUAAAGCGGCAACAUGGGAACGUUUAAAACGCUUAGGCGUGGUAUCCUGCUGCUAGUAUUAUCAUCAUGUGCGCUGGCGCAGAGCAAGUCAGACGACUUGCAGGCAGUACCCAGCGAUCUCAGAAGAGCAGUCAGCGAGGCGCUCGCUUUAGAAAGACGGUUCCUACAGGGGGCUAGAGAUGAAAACUGCUCAUCAGCAGAGGACUCCGUCAGCAGCACGCCCUGUCCGCCGAGCAAGUACCGCAGCGCCUCGGGCGAGUGCAACAACGUGCGUCACCGCCCGUGGGGUAGGCGCGGCGACGUGUUCCUGCGAUUGCUGCCCGCCAACUACGCCGACGAUGUCUCCAAACCAAUGGAGCCGCCGCGGCUACCAGAGCCGGCGCUGGCGGUGCGCGCUGCAGCCCAGCUGACGCAGCCCGCCGACCAUGACUACGUGACCAGCAUGCUGGCCGCCUGGGGCCAGCUGCUGAUGGACGAUCUCAUCGCCACCGUCAACGGGAACAAGGACUGCAAUGGGGGUCACUGUGAAUACGUGCGAUCUGCGCCGACCAGAAACAUCGACUCUUGUGGUUUUGAGUCACGUGACCAAAUGAACAUGGCGACAGCAUUCCUGGAUGGCUCAGCUCUAUACGGCAGCUCAGAGAAGGAACUGCGGUCUCUACGAUUAUACGACGUUGGCAAGCUUGAUCUCGCUUCGUGUAGAAAAUGCAACGAACCCACCCCAACCGCACCCCUCUACAAGGCCCUAGUGGCUGAACACAAUCGCGUGGCCGGACAGCUGUACGCCAUGAACCCCUUCUGGGACGACACGACGCUUUUCCUAGAGACACGACGAAUUAUCGCUGCUGUCAUACAACAUAUCACGUUCAAUGAGUUCCUGCCUGUGCUUCUUGGAGAGGUGGGCAUGGCUAAGGCUGAGCUGAAACUAACUUCCCUUGGGUUCUGGCGAGGCUACUCCAGCGCCAACCGCGCUGGCGCCUACUCCGAGCUAGUGGCCGUCGCUCCUGUCUUCGAAGCUAUGAUGAACGAGAAACUGAUCAACGCUACCAUCACCGUCAAAGACUUAGCCGAAACCAGCGCAAACCGCGUUUCUCGCUUCACAUCUUCAGCCACUUGGGACCUGAACAGGUCUCGUGACCAUGGAGUGUCCUCGUACCUUCGGGCCCUCAGGCUAUGCGAACCUAUGGCUGGAGUCAAGUCUUAUGCAGACUUUGAUAAAUUGGGCUUCGAUCGCGCGCAGCAGGAGAUGUUGGCGAGCAUGUAUAGAAACCCAGAAGAUGUGGAGCUGAUGAUCGGCGGUUCCUUGGAGAAGGCAGCGUCUGGAGCAGUAAUCGGAUCCACUAUGGCCUGUGUUCUAGCUCUCCAGUUCGCUAACCUUAAGAAGAGUGACAGAUUUUGGUAUGAAAACGAUAUCCCUCCCUCUUCGCUGCUGCCGGAACAAUUGGCUGCCAUCAGAAAAGUAUCUCUCUCUGGACUACUCUGUUCCGUCGAUGAUUCGUUGAGCGAAAUACAGCCCAAGGCGUUCGUCAAAAAGGAUCCUUUCCUAAACGCAGCCCAAGACUGCUCCCAGCACGGCCGCAUGGAACUCGAAGCGUGGCGCGACGAAAGCGGCGCCAAGGCCGCCGAGCGACUGUCCCAAGACAUGUUGGCCGCUGCCCUGGAGAAGGCCAAGCAAGAGAUGGCCGACAGGAAAAAACUGGAGUACAUGCUAUGGGAAGUCCGUGGUGGAGCCGACCCUCACUCUCCCGUCGGUACCGCUGCCUCGUUCUCCAAAGCCAACAAGUAUGCCCUGAAGCUGGCCAACACUUCGCUGUUCUUUGAGUUUGCCACCAACGAACUGCUCAACUCCAUCAAUGGACCAGGCCACCGCCGCAAGCGCCAAGUUUUCGACGACUCCCUCGGCUUCCCGACCUCCACCGACUUCGCUGACGCCCUCCAAUCCGUGGACGUGAGCGGCAUCCUCGGACAGGACCAGCUCGGCCCGGUCAUUGAACCCGAAUGUGAUGAAAACGGCCAAUGUGACGCGGAUAGCCCCUUCAGGACGUAUACUGGACACUGCAAUAAUCUCAGGAAUCCAAAUUUGGGGAAGAGUUUGACCACGUUCGCGAGAUUGCUGCCUCCUGUUUAUGAAGAUGGUGUCAGCCGUCCCCGCAUCAACUCAGUAACCGGUACUCCGCUAGUGUCACCACGUAUUGUCUCAACAGUGAUCCACCCUGACAUCUCCAACUUGCACACUCGAUACACUCUUAUGGUGAUGCAGUUCGCUCAGUUCGUCGAUCACGAGCUGACCAUGACCCCUAUUCACAAAGGUUUCCACGAGUCCAUCCCCGACUGCCGCUCCUGCGACUCGCCGCGCACAGUUCACCCUGAAUGUAACCCCUUCCCUGUACCACGUGGAGACCACUACUACCCUGAAGUCAACGUGACCUCAGGAGAGAGGCUGUGCUUCCCCUUCAUGAGGAGCUUGCCCGGACAACAGCAACUUGGACCCAGAGAGCAAGUGAACCAGAACACGGCCUUCAUCGACGGCUCAGUGAUCUACGGAGAGAACCCGUGUAUCAUCCGCAAGUUGCGCGGUUUCAACGGCCGCAUGAACGCUACUCAACACCCGCUCCUUACCCGCGACCUUCUGCCGCGAUCUGACAGCCAUCCUGAGUGCAAGGCCGCUAGUGGCUUCUGCUUCAUCGCUGGUGACGGUCGAGCAUCAGAACAGCCAGGCCUCACCGCCAUCCACACGAUGUGGCUCCGCGAGCACAAUCGCAUCUCCGAAGGCCUGAAGGGUGUCAACCCCCACUGGGACGCGGAGCUCAUCUUCGAGCACACCAGACGUAUUGUCACUGCGGAGCUCACGCACGUUAUCUACAACGAGUUUCUGCCGAGGCUGUUGUCGUGGAACGCUGUCAAUCUUUAUGGAUUGAAGCUGCUGCCUGCUGGAUACUACAAGGAAUACUCCCCUACCUGCAACCCCGCUAUCGUGACAGAGUUCGCCUCGGCGGCGUUCAGAUUCGGCCACUCGCUGCUGAGGCCGCAUCUGCCCCGUCUGUCGCCCACGUACCAGCCCAUGGAACCUCCGAUCUUGCUGCGUGAUGGCUUCUUCAGAACUGACAUGUUCAUGAGUCACGCACAAAUGGUUGACGAGCUUAUCCGCGGUAUCGCUUCAACCCCCAUGGAAACCCUCGACCAGUUCAUCACCGGAGAAGUCACCAACCAUCUCUUCGAAGACCGCCGCAUACCCUUCUCGGGUAUCGAUUUGGUGGCCCUGAACGUACAGAGAGCGAGAGACCACGGCAUACCCAGCUAUAACAACUACAGAGCGCUUUGUAACUUGAAGAGAGCAGCUGCCUUUGAUGACUUGUCGAGGGAGAUUCCUGAUGAAGUUAUUGCAAGACUGAAGAGAAUAUACCCGACUGUGGACGACAUCGACCUGUUCCCUGGAGGCAUGAGCGAGCGGCCACUGCAAGGAGGUUUAGUGGGCCCCACCUUCGCCUGCAUCAUCGCCAUCCAGUUCAGACAGCUGAGGAAGUGUGACAGAUUCUGGUACGAGAACGACAACAACGCUGCCCGCUUCACCGAACAGCAGCUCUCGGAGAUCCGAAAAGUCACGCUCUCAAAGGUUCUCUGCGAGAACUUCGACCAGAACAGCGACAUCCAGAGGGCUGCCUUCGACCUGCCUAGCAAUUUCUUGAACCCUCGCGUGCCUUGCGGAUCCCUGCCGAAGGUGGACCUUUCUGCUUGGAGAGAAAGUGCGGCUCAGGGUUGUCUCAUCGCGGGCCGUAACGUGCCUGUCGGAGAUUCUGCCUUCCCUUCGCCUUGCACGUCCUGCAUUUGUACUUCUGAAGGGGCCCAAUGCGCGUCGCUGCGCAUCACGGACUGCGCACAGCUCCUGCGUGAGUGGCCGCGCGAGGCGGUGGCGCGCGACGACGUGUGCGCGGCGCAGUGCGGCGCGGCGGCGCCCGGCCCCGCCCCGCACCCCGCCGCGCACCCCGCCGCGCGCGCGCCGCGCCGACCGCCGCUCAACUUCAAGUUCCCCGACCUGUCGCCAUUUGUUGCUAAGUGAGGAGUUGGGGAGUGAUCGUUUACACGAGUGAUCAUACUUGAAGAUUUGACCGAUUUGAGAGCUCGCUGUGAGAGCGAUUUCAAUAUUUUUUGGACGAAAUGCUGUUUUGGUGUUUUCUUUCGGAAACAUUGGUUUCGGAUGUUUUUUUCUGGUACGAGUCGAAAAACUUCAUAGUAAAACGUGACGAUCCGAAGGACGAUUAACAUUUUUUACAUUCGGAUUCUAACCAAAAACAACAACAAAAUUCAGUUUUAACAUAAAAAGUAUGUAUGAAAAAUCUAGAAAUGAUAAUUAAUGCCCUCAACUGUAUUUGUGUUUAAAGAAGGAUUAUUCACUAUUCAGUUCUACUCUGGUUGUAGCUAAACGUACUUGCAAAAUUCGAGCAAUAGCGCAUUUCCUUUUACAUUCACAGUUAGCAACAGAAGUAACUAAACGACAUGCUAAUCGUUUGCAAGUCAUUCUCUUGCUGACUGUACUUUCAAUAAAAAAGAAUACUAAACAGGUCUACAACCUGUUAUUUAACAGUGACCGGUUUUCGGUACAUCAAAUGGACCUUUUAAUUUUUAGACCGCAAAUGGUAAAUAUUAUGAAAAUAUAUUGCUCAAAUAUAUUGAACAAAAGGUUGUACAAUAUGGUAAAAUUAUCUAAACGUCUAUAAUGGAGUUGAUGACUAAUUUAAAUAUGAUUAAGUGCCGGGAAUAACAAUAUACGUAAUAGUUUAUGCAACUGUUACUUAAUAAUGGGAUUAAAACAUAAGUGUGAUUUUAUGUAACCACUGUAACUGUGUUUCAAUGCCAAAUGAUAAACGGUUGCAUAAUAAGUUAUUUAUCUACGAACAUAUUUAAAACGUUCUGUUGCGUUGUUUUUAUAAGAUAUUUUAAUUUUUAAAUAGCAUCGUAGCUGUUUUAUGAUAUGGGCAUAGAUAAAAUUAAAUUAAAAUGAGUCCCACUUUUAAAUUAUUAUUUAAAUGUAGGGAUAAGAAAUAAAAUACUUUUCCAGUCUAUUCCUUCCCUUGUGUAUUGUAGACUUGCAGAAUUAUAUACUCCUUGUUUAAGUUUAUUACAACAAAUUAUUAGGUAGUUAAAUAUGUAUAAUAAAUAGUUGCUAUUUAUUAGUCUAAUUUAGGGUAUUGUUAAGAUCUGUACGUUGUUUAAGACACUUCGUUGCAAUGCAAUAAUGUGGCUUUAACAAAACUGUUUCAAGUACCAAAUUACAUUUUUAUAAUUUUAUACUCUUUCGAAUUAUAAUUCUUUUUAAUUAUAGUUAAGCAUUUAUGGCCAUCGUUAGCUUUAAUUUUGAUGUGGCGAAAACAAAAUUAGGUUAAGUAUAUUGACAUAAUAAAUACACCCAGUUGUUCUGAAAAUACAAAUGGACAUGUACUAAAUGUUAAAUGUUACCAAGAUGUACAAUACCUGAGUCAGAUGUGCAAGUUGCGGCGAGUUUCCAAAAAGUUGGAAAUGUUCUCGAAAAUUUCAGAGAAAAUGGAGUUUUAUUUUGGAUAUGAAAAAUUCCGAUACCCAUACAAAUACGAGAAGUUUCCGUAAUUUUUCCAUUUGGAAAUUUCGCAGUUUUGGAAACUUUCCGACGGCACAUCAAUAACUGAGUAAAAAUCAAUAGUUACCUAAAAUUUGUUUAAUUUACCGAUAUGUGCUGUUCUAGUUGUAUAAGUUAUUAAAACAAUUUUCAACAUUUGUCACUGCCUAAAGGCCUGUGCACAUCGGCUGCGUGCGCAUAGACGAGCACGUGCGCGUGCGCUAAAAUGUUGGAACCGCACGCGAAACGCAAGCGGUGAGCAGUCUCUCAUAAGAAUCUGUAUAAUACAACGGUCCACGCUCACGCAUCCGAUGUGCACGGGCCUUAAAAAUGUACUUUUAUAAAUUAUUGUAAAAAAACAUUGGCCGAAAUCAAGGUGUAAAAUAAUUAUAACUAGCUAUAGGAACACAAAUCUCAUCUAGUGACAAAACAAGUAAACGAAUAUUUUGUUUAAAAA